UUAGUUAUAUUUAUGCAACCAACAAGUAAACACAGAAGUGACUUAAACAAAAGUUUAACGAAAAAUUAAAUUAAAUAAACAAAAACAAAAAACUCAAAUAAGUAGAUCUUACAUUUAAUAAGAAAAAAAAAUUAAAAUAAAAAUCCCUAAUUAAACCGGUACAGAAAGUACGUUAAAAAUUUCACGUUCAAUUUGAAGCAGCUAUGACGUCACUUAUAAAUACAGUUCUUCUUUUAGGAAUUACACUUUUAUACCUCAAAAACUUCACUACAGCGGCUACCAUUACUUCUACGAAGGAAUCGCCAAAGAAGAGUAUAUUUGACACUAAUUUAUUUCCCUUAACUAUUGAAGGUAAUACUACCGAUUCUCCAGUUACUAAUGCACCUGUUCAAGAGUUCCCAAAACACAACAUAUCUGCAACUGAUAUAUUUUCCCUUAUAGUAAGGGAAAAGCCCACUGAUCCUAGUCAAAAUUCCUUAAAGCAUGGACAAUCUACCGUUAUAAUUGAAAACAAAUCGGUGGAGAAUUUUACUACCACUGCACCAAUAGAAGAAUCCCUUAGUAAUAAUAUAUCUACAACCGAUUUAUUUUCUCUUAUAAUUGGGGAUAAAUUUCUGGAUUCGUCUACUACUACAUAUAGUCAAGAAUCAUCCAAGCAUAAACAAUCGGCCGUUACAAUUGAGGAUAAAUUAUCGGAGAAUAUGGAGAAUACUCCAAUAACCUUGGAACCUGCUUCAGAGUCUGAAAAUGAUAAUUUAUUUGAGUUAUUUUCUCUUAUUUUUGAAAAUAAUCCUAAGGAGGAUAUAGUCUUGGCAACAACAACAACGACCAUGGCACCUAGUCAAGAACUCUCACAUAAUCAUAAUCUAUUUGCAGCCGAUUUAUUUAGUGCUUUAGUUAAGGGAAAAUCUGCAGAAAAUAUAGUCUAUUCUCCAGCUUCUAUACAGACUUGUAUGGCUUUAGCAUUUAUUGGUGCUGAAGGUGAAACUGCUAAAGAAUUGCGAGAGGUUUUGAGAUUAGGGGAGGGAGAUAAGUUGCAAGUGGCCAAAGAAUUUAGAGAAUUUUUAAAAACUGCCCUUAAAGCUGAAAGUGUGGUAGAAGAAAGACCAGAACUGCAAAUAGCCAAUCGUUUGUAUGUUAAUGAACAACUUAAAGUUGAUAAAGAAUUUCAAAAAAUGGCCCAAGAAUAUUUUCAUACCCAAGCUGAGGCCAUAAAUUUUAGUGAUAAUACCAAGGCUGUGGAAAAAAUCAACCAAUGGAUAGAACAGCAUACGGAAAAUAAAAUAAAAGAUGUUUUAGAUACGAAUGCCGUUAAUCAGGACACUAAUGCUGUUAUAGUUAAUGCCAUUUACUACAAAGCCAAAUGGUUAAAUCCCUUUAGUGUGUCCAGUACUUCGACAUCUAUAUUUCAUGUGAACUUAAACGAUAGCAUGGAAGCUGAAAUGAUGUACAAUGAAGACUAUUAUAGAUAUGCCGAUCUGCCGGAAUUGAAAGCCUCAGCUUUAGAAAUGCCUUAUGAAAAUAGUGACAUUUCAAUGUUGUUCAUAUUGCCAAACGAUAUAGAGGGUUUGGAAGAUUUAGAAUUAAAACUAAGAGGUAUGGAUUUGAAUGAGAUUACUGCAAAGAUGUCGUUUAGAAAGGUAGAUGUUUAUGUGCCGAAAUUUAGAAUAGAAUUUGAUAUUAAUUUGAAAGAACCUUUAGAGAAGAUGGGCUUAACAACAACAUUUACACCCGAUGCUAAUUUUAAGGGAAUUUUCUCUACGUCACAGUUCCAAGGUAUAUCGGAAGUCAAGCAUAAAGCAUUUUUAGAUGUUAAUGAAGCUGGAUCCGAGGCAGCUGCUGCUACAUUUGCCACUCUAACAACAUUGAGCGCCGUUUUUGAUGAGCCCACUUUCCAUGCCGAUCAUCCGUUUAUUUUUGCCAUACGCAGUAAAUCGGUCGUAUAUUUUGCUGGACAUGUAGCCAAGAUGUAGACUGCAGAAAUUCUACAUAAAUUUCGUUUUAAUGUUUUAGUGAAUUAGACAGAAAUAUAUAUUUUAAGACUAACUAAGAAAUCCGUUUAUUGGGUUUUAUAUUCUCAUAAAGGAGAGAAGUUAUAGAUUCAUUUACUGAUCAAGUUUUUAAUUUAAGCUUUUUAAUGCUAAGUUUUAAAUUUUAAGUUCAAAUAAAAUUUAAACAAUUUUUAAAAAA